ACAUCAACAUACUACUGCAGUUUUCACUUUCACUCUUCAUUAUUAACAACACAUUCAUUCCAUUAUUAUUAUUAUACCCUUCUCUUUUUGUAACUGUUACUAAAUCUCCCUCUCUCUCUGGAAAGUCCGAGGUACUCCUAAUAAUAAUAAUAAUUCAUCAAUCCUUAUUAAUCUCUUCAUCACCAUGCCUUUUUUUUCUCCUUCAACAAACUUCAAACACAACACUAAUUUUUUCUGAUCAUUCCCUUUUUCUACUGCAAAAAAGUUACUCUUUUUAUUGUCAAAUUAAAUAUGGAUGCUAUACGGAAACAAGCUAGCAGAUUGAGAGAGCAAGUUGCUAAGCAACAACAGGCUAUACUUAGACAAUUGGGGCAACUUAGCAAUGAACAUCUCAUGGCUGAUGAAUCUGAAGUUGAAUGUCAUCAGAAACUUCAAAAGUUAUACACUUCUACAAAGACUGCUAAGCAUUUUCAGCGGCAUAUUGUACGUGGUAUUGAAGGAUUCAUCUCUGUUAGUUCCAAGCAGAUGGAAAUAGUGAGGAAGUUGGCUAAGGACUGUUACAAGUAUGGGACUGAAAAUGAGAAUCGAGGUAGUGAUUAUCCCCUUGCAAGGCCUUCUCUUCAAUUCAGUAACUCAUAUGAUAUAUUGGAAAAUGAGAGGGAGACUUUGCUUGGGAUCUUAGGUGAUCAGAUCUCUGAGCCACUGCGGGCACAAAUAACAGGAGCUCCUUUGGAAGAUGCACGCCACCUCACCCACAACUAUGACAAACUUCGUCAAGAAGUAGAAGCCCAGGCUGCUGAAGUUUUGAGGCGUCGAUCGAAGUUGAGGGAUUCUUCUCUUUCUGCAGACGGUUCAAUGAGGCUUCAGAAUGCAGAAAAAAGGUUGAAAGAACUUAAAUCUUCCUUGGUGGCACUUGGUAGAGAAGCAACCUCUGCUAUGUUGUCAGUUGAAGAACAACAGCAACAUAUAACUCUCCAGAGCCUUUCUACAAUGGUGGAUGCUGAGAGAGCCUUUCAUCGGCAUGCCCUUGUUAUUCUAGAUAAAUUAUAUGCCGAGAUGAUUGAUGAGAGACAACCAAACGACUCCACAUCAUUUCCACCGCCAAAAGAUGGACAUACUCAACCUGCAGAUGAGAAGGCUAAUUUAAAUGGCUUUCAUUAUAAACACAACACUGAAACGGGCACAUACUUUUUUGGAAAGGUCAUACAUCCAUUUGACGCUCAAGCUGAAGGGGAGUUAAGUUUAUCCGUUGAUGAUUAUGUUGUAGUCCGUCAGGUAUUUUUUCAAAGUCUUUUGAGUCAGUAUUGUUUAAUCUUUGUAUGGUUUUUGAACCUUAAGCCAAUUGUUCUGAACCCUUUACUUUGGCAGGUGGAUGCUGAGAGAGCCUUUCAUCGGCAUGCCCUUGUUAUUCUAGAUAAAUUAUAUGCCGAGAUGAUUGAUGAGAGACAACCAAACGACUCCACAUCAUUUCCACCGCCAAAAGAUGGACAUACUCAACCUGCAGAUGAGAAGGCUAAUUUAAAUGGCUUUCAUUAUAAACACAACACUGAAACGGGCACAUACUUUUUUGGAAAGGUCAUACAUCCAUUUGACGCUCAAGCUGAAGGGGAGUUAAGUUUAUCCGUUGAUGAUUAUGUUGUAGUCCGUCAGGUUGCUGCCAAUGGAUGGUCUGAAGGAGAAUGCAAUGGCAAUGCCGGAUGGUUUCCCUCUGCAUAUGUACAGAGACAGGACAUAGUACAAGCGAACAAGAUAAUGGAAUAACAACCAAGUUAUGCCAACAUCGGUAUUUUGAAUAGGUGUGGCAAUAACUGUAUAUUCUCAUAAUCACGGGAUAAAUACAUUUGAAAAGCCAUAGCAUAGCACGUUCUUGCAAUUUUUUUUUGGGUGAUUAUGUCAUCUGUGCAGUAUGUUAUACAUGUAAGCAUAAAUUGUAACAGUAUAUAUAGCAGUUCAAAUAUGUAGAUUGAUAUAUGAUUUGUAUUUGCUUAAUCCCUUAGGGUCAUCUAAGGAACUUAGUUUUUGAGAUGGAUAAAUGUCCAUAUUGUUAUUAUUAUAUAGGUUGGUCUGUAAUUCUAAAUGAAAGCAGGACCAGAAACAUUUUAUCAACAAAAUUUUCAAUGUA